AUGCCACUGGAUAAGGUCGGGCUCCAGCUCCAUUACGAGCCGGUCCAGAACCAAACUGCGGCCCAGUCACGACUUCUCUGGGUACAGGACACCGAGCACUAUACGUUGCGUCUUUCGCCUCCUUGCGAGAGGAGGAUAGCCUCGGGAGCCGCCGCCAAGCUGACCUGCUUUCUCUCACAGAGUCUCCUCCAUCCAUCCCGCCCUCUCGAUGCCAUCAAAAUCCGCACGAUAGAGCUCGAUGGAAAGACGGUGAAGCUUCAGAUCUGGGAUACUGCUGGCCAGGAGCGUUUCCGCACCAUCACCUCCUCUUACUACCGCGGUGCCCACGGCAUCUGCGUCGUCUACGAUGUGACCGACAUGGACUCGUUCAACAACGUCAAGCAGUGGCUCCAGGAGAUUGACAGAUAUGCCACCGAGGGCGUCAACAAGCUGCUCGUCGGCAACAAGAGCGAUAUGUCCGACAAGAAGGUUGUCGAGUACACCGUCGCCAAGGAGUUCGCCGACAGCCUGGGCAUCCCCUUCCUCGAGACCUCUGCGAAGAACGCCAGCAACGUCGAGCAGGCUUUCCUGACCAUGGCCCGCCAAAUCAAGGAGCGCAUGGGCAGCACGACCGCGAACAACACGAAACCCUCUGUGCAGGUCGGACCGGGACACGGCGUCUCCUCGAACUCGGGCGGCGGCUGCUGCUAA